UACCAAGACUAGCAAUUUUAUUUUCAGACUUUAUGGCUAGUUCCGAUCUAUCUAAGUCAACCAAACCUGAGAAGUUCACCGGUUUGAACUACAAACGGUGGGCUAAUCAGAUGAAAUAUUGGCUUACAACUUUAGGACUUAUUUCUGCUAUUGACUCUGAUUUUUCUUUAUCAACACCUACACCCUCUUCAUCAUCACAAGUUGAACCUAUCCCCACACCUACCACAUCAUCCGGGAUUUCCAAAUCUCCUGAGGAAAUAAACUUUCAUUGUUACAACCGAAUCCUUAGUGCUCUUUCAGACAAAUUGUAUGACAUUUAUUAUGAGUAUAAGGAUGCAAAAGAAUUGUGGGUAGCACUAGAGUCUGAAUAUGGUUUAGAUGAUGCUGGUAUAGAACGUUUCUCCUCCUCCUCCUUUAAUAAGUUUGUUAUGGUAGAUAGUAAACCCAUCAAUGAUCAGCUUCAUGAAUUUCAAGACUACAUCCGAUACCUUCAGUCGAAAGGAAAUACUUUCUCUGAAGAAUAUAAGGUAUCUAGUCUUAUUGAUAAACUUCCUCCUUCUUGGUCUGAUUUUGCUAAAGAUCUCCGUCAUCUACAAGGUGACUUGACUCUUGUACAAGCCCUCAAAGGUAUUAGGAUAGAGGAUCAACAUAGGCAAAACUUCAAACCAAAAAAUGAAAUGAAAGCAAAAGUAAACCUAGUGGAAGAAAAGCCUAAGAACUUUAGAAACCCAAAUCACAAACCCAAGGGUAAGAAUUUCAAGAAGAAGAAUCUUUCCCAUCGUCCUAACCAACAUCCCAAUCUCUCUAGAAACCACAAACCUUUUAGCCAAAAGUCUGAGACUAAAUUUUGCUAUGUCUAUGGGAGAACCAAUCAUCUUUCGACUCAGUGCUACUACCCAAAGAAAGCUCCUAUCAAGACUCCUGUAGGCGGAAAGGGUGAAGAAGCAAAUCAUAGGGUCAACAUGGAAUCAAGUGGAGGAAAUGUAAUUCUAGCAGAUGACUCGACUAGACAAGUAAUGGGAAGUGGACGUGUGGACCUAAAGAUGACUUCCGGAAAGAUUUUGACUCUCCACAAUGUCCUACAUGUACCAUUACUUAGAAGAAAUCUGAUUAGUGAAUCUGUUUUAUUGAAAGUUGGAUUCAGAAUUGUUAAAGAGUCAAAUAAGUUUGUAAUUACCAAGAAUGAUAUAUUCAUUGGUAAAGGUUUUGUUUGUGAUGGUCUUUUUAAGUUGAAUGUAAUAAGAUCCUCUGAUAAUAAAAGUUCUUCUUCCAUAAUUUUAAAUGUUGAAUCUUAUGACAAAUGACAUGGAAGGUUAGGACACAUAAACUAUGGAACCAUUAGAAAAAUGACAUCCUUGAACUUGAUACCCAAAACCAAGAUAGAUCCACCUUCUAAGUGUGAGAUAUGUGUUCAAGAUAAAACCAUUAGAAAACCUUUUCACUCUAUUCAUAGAGAUUCUGAACCUCUAGAACUCAUACAUAGUGAUGUUUGUGAUUCAAACAGAGUUCUUACUAGGGGAGGAAGAAGAUACUUUGUAACCUUCAUAGAUGAUCAUUCAAAGUAUUGUUAUACAUAUCUUCUCAAAAUUAAAGAUGAAGUCUUAGAAAAGUUUAAGAUAUAUAAAGCAGAAGUUGAGAAUCAAAUUGAGAAGAAAAUAAAGAUCCUAAGAUCGGAUCGUGGGGGGGAGUAUACCUCAAAUAACAUGUCUAAAUAUUGUCAAGAACACGAUAUUAUUCAUGAGGUGACUGCUCCCUACACACCGCAAUCCAAUGGAGUUGCUGAAAGGAAGAAUAGAACUCUCAUGGAUAUGGUAAAUUGUAUGCUUCUCAGCUCAGGAGCACCUGAAAACCUAUGGGGUGAAGCACUCCUAUCUGCUUGCUACAUUCUUAAUAGGGUACCUCACAAAAUAUCUGAUAUCUCUCCCUAUGAACUUUGGAAGGGUAUAACACCUAGAAUAAAUUAUCUUAAGGUUUGGGGAUGUCUAGCUAAGGUAGGGAUACCUGAACCUAAGAAGAGGAAAAUUGGUUCAAAAACUGUUGAUGCUGCAUUUAUUGGAUAUGCAUUAGAUAGCAACGCAAACCGGUUUUUAGUAGUC